GAAAGUUCUCUCCUUUAGGUCAAUCUCUCUCUCUCUCUCGCCACGGCGACUCACUGGAGUUCGAUAAUUCAGACGGACAAAAUCUCAAAAGCUUUCAAAUUUGGGCAUCAUGACGGAGUAUAAGGAGGAACAGGAGAUGGAGAUUGAAGCUCUUGAAUCUAUACUUGCUGAUGACUUCAAAGAGAUUCAUUCUAGUGAAAGUGGGCUUAAUACUUCAAACCGAUGCUUUCAGAUUACAGUCACUCCUCAGGAUGAUGAUCUAGAGGAGUCAUCAUCAAUCCCACCAGUUCAGCUUGGUUUGGUUUUCUCGCACACAGAAAAUUACCCGGACGAGGCACCUCUUUUGGAUGUUAAAAGUAUCCGAGGAAUCCAUGUUGGUGACCUCACAAUCCUAAAAGAGAAGCUUGAACAGGAGGCAACUGAAAAUCUUGGCAUGGCCAUGAUGUAUACAUUGGUCUCAUCAGCAAAGGACUGGUUGUCUGAACACUAUGGGCAAGAUGAUGGGGAUGACUAUGCCGAGGAAGAAGCCGCCAAAGAGGAUGAGGUUAUCGUUCCUCAUGGAGAACCUGUUACGCUGGAGACAUUUGUGGCAUGGAGAGAGAGAUACGAGGCAGAGCUUGCACUUGAACGUGCCAAGCUGAUGCCGGAGUCUGCUCUUACGGCUCCUAAGGAGAAGAAGCUUACAGGAAGACAGUGGUUCGAGAGUGGCAAAGCGAGAGGAACAGUGGUCACUGCUGAUCAAGAAUCGGAGGAGGAAGAUGAUGAAGACAUUGACUUUGAAGACGAAGACUUUGAAGAUGAUGAAGAAGACAUGCUUGAGCACUAUUUGGCGGAGAAAUCUGAUGCAAGGGCCUGAAGCUAGGAAGCCUUAUAUAAUGAUUGUUAAAGCUCUUUUCUGGAUAGAGAUGAGGAUGCAAGAGACUGACCAGCAUUCAAUCUCCAUAUCCACAGUUUUUUCCCCAGCUUUGAUCUGCUCAAGAGUACCCGGAGAGUUACAUUUGUCUUUAUCUUAAAAAGUCCCCUUCACCGUCUGUUCAUUUAUAAGAACAAAUUAUAAGAAAAUGCUACUGUUUUUGUAACUUCUUUUGUUUAGGAUCAGCGCCAAUCAGAUCAAAUCCUAAAAGACAAACAGUUGAAUCUUAUUUAGAAAACUUGUUGAA